CAAUUAUUGUUUUAUCCAAGAUUUAUCUUAUCUGAUGGACUGGAUAUAAUAUGAUAAUAUUUCUAUAUCUCAUUUAUAAUCACUUUUUAUCAGUGUAUUGGAUGCGUUUAGUGCACGUAUUAGCGAUGGCUCGGAGUACAAUAGACGUGGACAAAAUAAUUUCUAGGCUGACAGCCAAAGAAGUACGAGAAAGCAAAAAAAUGAAGAUGAUCAAUUUAGACGAAUGUGAUAUUAGAGCAUUGUGUCAUAAGGCAAGAAAUAUAUUCAUGUCUCAACCUAUGUUACUGGAACUAGAAGCUCCUAUCAAGAUUUGCGGCGAUAUCCACGGCCAGUUUAUGGAUUUAUUAAAGUUGUUCACUUUUGGGGGAUUUCCACCAGAAGCAAACUACCUCUUUCUCGGAGAUUACGUGGAUAGAGGGAAACAGUCAAUUGAAACGAUGUGUUUGCUAUUAGCUUAUAAAAUAAAACACCCAGAAAACUUUUUUCUACUCAGAGGAAAUCACGAGACUGCCACAGUUUGUAAAAUAUAUGGAUUUUUUGAUGAAUGUAAAAGAAGAUACACAACUAAGCUAUUUAAAACGUUCACAGACCUUUUCAAUACGCUUCCGGUUGCAGCUAUAAUCGAUGACAAAAUUUUCUGUUGUCAUGGUGGUUUGAGCCCGGACCUGUUAUACAUCGGACAAAUACGAAAUAUAGAAAGGCCCACAGAAGUACCUUGUCAGGGUCUACUUUGUGACCUGUUAUGGUCAGACCCCAGCUCGCUAAUGGGAUGGACGGAAAAUGACAGGGGCGUAUCAGUUUCGUUUGGACCUGACGUAAUUUCGAAGUUUCUACAAAAGCACGAUUUUGACUUGAUUUGCAGAGCACAUCAAGUUGUGGAAGAUGGAUAUGAGUUUUCCGCUCAGAGAAAGCUAAUAACGAUUUUUUCCGCUCCAAACUACUGUGGGACAUUUGACAAUGCGGGAGCACUGAUGUCCGUCAAUGAAGACUUGCUGUGUUCUUUUCAGAUUUUAACGCCCGCUGGUAAGAAGAAGAAAUAAGGAGGACCUUUAGAAGAAAAUACCAAAUUCACAAAUUCAAAUAACUAGUUUAUUCCAAAGAAAAACAUAAUCUAACUUAAAACUCUCAUUAUUUCGUUGAUUUUACACUGACUUAUGAUAAUAUUGUAAAGCUAUACAUUUAAUACACCUAGAUAUUAUCUAUGUACAAAUUAUACAAGGUAAACAAAUUUCUCUUUUUCAUUUGAACAAUUUUGUACUGUAAAUUCGUUAAUAGUCCGAAAAUCCACAAAUGUUCUUCGAUAAAAAGGAAAUUAAACAAAUUAUUAACUCACUUUGAGCUUACCCUGUAUUUAAAUCCUCCAAAAUAUGUAUAUAUAAUCUGCCCGUAUAUAAAU